UGAAUAUUUAUUCCCUGUUGCGUUUAGUCUUGUUGUUUUCGUUAGUGCAACAUGGCGUCCGAAUCGGAAAGCGCGGAAGAAGAAAACGUCUCCGGACAAGAAACGGACGAAGACGACGGCCUAGAUCCCUCCAUUUUCGAGGAGGAAGAUGUGUUUGAGGUGGAGAAGAUCGUGGGCAUCACCACGUACCAGGGCCAGACGCUGUACCGUGUGCGAUGGAAAGGCUUCGGGUCAAGCGAGGACACCUGGGAGCCGAAGGAGAAUCUGCUCUCCUGCGAAGAUCUGGUGGAUGACUUUGUGUCCCAGCGGGAGGCCAAGCGCCGCGUAAAGCAGGGGCCGGGCAGGAAGAGGCAGAAGCUGGAAGACUCCAGUGUGGAGGGCUCCACCAGUCUGACAGACAUGUCCACAGACGAGGAGGCAGUGAAGAGGAGAAUGUGGUGUAGUUUAGCCCUCUCUGACACUAAACAUGUUCUCCCUCCCCAUGUACAGAGGCAGAAGCUGGAAGACUCCAGUGUGGAGGGCUCCACCAGCCUUACAGACAUGUCUACAGAUGAGGAGGCUGUGAAGAGGAAGGCAGAAACUGGAGGACUCCAGUGUGGAGGGCUCCACAGUGAAGAGGAGUAUGUGAGGCAGAAGCUGGAGGACUCCAGUGUGGAGGGCUCCACCAGUCUGACAGACAUGUCCACAGACGAGGAGGCAGUGAAGCGGAGUAUGUGGUGUAGUUUGGCCCUCUCUGACACUAAACAUGUUCUCCCCUCCCCACACACAGAGGCAGAAGCUGGAAGACUCCAGUGUGAAGGGUUCAACAGUGAAGAGGAGUAUGUGAGGCAGAAGCUGGAAGACUCCAGUGUGGAGGGCUCCACAGUGAAGAGGAGUAUGUGGUGUAGUUGGCCCACUCUGACACUAAACAUGUUCCUCCCUCCCUAUGUACAGAGGCAGAAGCUGGAGGACUCCAGUGUGGAGGGCUCCACCAGCCUGACAGACAUGUCCACAGAUGAGGAGGCUAGGCAGAAGCUGGAGGACUUCAGUGUGGAGGGCUCCACCAGUCUGACAGACAUGUCCACAGAUGAGGAGGCAGUGAAGAGGAGUAUGUGGUGUAGUUUGGCCCACUCUGACUCUAAACAUGUCUUCCCUCCCCAUGUACAGAGGCAGAAGCUGGAAGACUCCAGUGUGGAGGGCUCCACCAGUCUGACAGACAUGUCCACAGAUGAGGAGGCAAGACAGAAGCUGGAGGACUCCAGUGUGGAGGGCUCCACCAGUCUGACAGACAUGUCCACAGAUGAGGAGGCUGUGAAGAGGAAACGUGGCCGCCCCAGGAAGUCUCCUGUCGACCAACCGUCAACUAGUCGGUCAAGGGACUCCUCAAGGGAGCCUUCUCGACACCAGCGUGAUGAACAGAUGGAGAGAGAAGAGGAAGAUGAAGAUGAGAAUUCAGGAGAGAAGGAGGAAGGGAGUGAUGAUGAUGAUGACAGCAGCAGUUCUGAAGAGGACACUGUAAAGGACACGUUCUGGAGAGACCUGGAGCAGGGCAAGAUCAGUCUGGAGCUGUUCACUGGGGACAUGUACUCGAAGGGCAAGAUCAGCCUGGAGCUCUUCACUGGGGACAUGUACUCCAAAGUGAAAGGUCGAAGGGCAAAGAUUGAGUCGGAGAAGAAGACCCGCCGGGGUCAGAAGCCUGGUCGGGAUGGGAAAGCCAGGUCCUCAACCAGUUCUGAACCGGACAGAGACCAGGGACGGACCAGCAAACAUGGCCGCCAGUCCAGCAGGGAGAGAGAGUCGCUCUUCUCUUCCCGGGAUGUCUUUACUGAUGAGAGCGGAGAUGAGGAGGGGGAGGAUGUCAAGGAACCAGAUGACAAGCUGUCAGAAAGGGCAGAGGUGACCGGGAAGGGUUCACGGAACAUACAAGAACCUGUGGCGACCCCUGACAUGAGUGUGGUGACCCCUGACCCAAGUGUGAUGACCCCUGACCCUAGUGUGAUGACCCCUGACCUGGAGCUGCGCCUGUCGGAGAGUUCCUCACAGGUGUCACAGAAGGAGCCUGACCUUGACAUGCACCUGUCGGAGAGUUCCUCAGCUGCAGAGGACUCCACGUCUUCAGCACAGAAAUUACAGAACUUGGCCCAGCAUGUCUCCGGCCAGACGACCUCCCCCUCCAGACCAAAACAGCUGGUGAUCUCCAUCCCCUUCAACAUCCUGCCCACCCCCCGCCAGGCGACCAGUGAGCACGACAAACCCGACAGUGUCAUGGAGAAGUUUACGCAGAUCGUGGGCGUGCCCUGUGUUCUGAAGGGCGCUGAUGCAACCGGUCCUACUGCACAGCAGGGAGGGGAAAUGUCUAGGCAUAUAGCCUUGCAGCAGGCUCCACAGCAGGCACAAUCCAUUCAGCAGGCCGCUGGUCAGAUAGCCUUGCAGCAGGCACCACAGCAGGCACAAUCCUGUCAGCAGGCUGCUGGUCAAAUAGCCAUGCAGCAGGCUUCACAGCAGGGGCAACCCAGUCAGCACACUGCUAGUCAGAUAGCUUUGCAGCAUUCCAUUCAGAGGGUUGCAAGCCAGAUAGCCUUGCAGCAGGCUUCACUGCAGGCCAGUAGCCAGGUAGCCUUGCAGCAGCCACCACAACAGGCCGGCAACCUUAUAGCCUUGCAGCAGCCACCACUGCAGGUACCACCUGGCCAUAUAGCCUUGCAGCAGGCUCUACAGCAGGGGAUAUCCAGUGUGCAGGUAACUAGCGGGAUAGCCUUGCAGCAGGCUGCACAGCAGGCUCCUAGCCAGGUAGUCUUGCAGCAGGCAACACUGCAGGCACCACCUGGCCAUAUAGUCUUGCAACAGCCACCACAACAGGCUAGCAGCCUUAUAGCCUUGCAGCAGCAACCAAAGCAGGCUACCAGCCAGAUAGCCUUGCAACAGCCACCACUGCAGGUACCACCUGGCCACAUAGCCUUGCAGCAGGCACCUCAACAGGCCACUCGCCAGAUAACACUGCAGAAAGCUUCUAACCAGAUAGCCUUGCAGUCUGUCGAGAUAGCCUCGCAGCAGCCACCUCAGCAGCCACCACGCAGUGCCCAAGUACAAGGUCAGCUGACCUCGGACCCAGAAAAGGUCAUAGGUCAUAGGUUACCAGAGGUCACAGAUAAACAGGCUACGCAGAGGAAAGGGGAAGCAUCAGUGGAAGAUCAGCAAAAAAUGGCUGCUGGCAGCAAGGGUGACACUAGUGCAACUAAGGAGGCUUCAGACAAAAGGUCAUCACCACACGAACUAAAGGAAGAUGUGAAAGUUGAAAGGUCACCACCACAUGAAGAUACCAAAGUUGAAAGGUCACCACCAUGUGAAGAUGCCAAAGUUAAAAGGUCACCACCAUGUGAAGAUGUCAAAGUUGUAAGGUCACCAUCUCAGGAAGUAAAGGAAGAUGCCAAAGCUGAAAGGUCACCACUGCAGGAUCCAAGGAAGAAGUUCAAAGUUGAGAGGUCGCUGUCAUCUGAGACAAAGAAGGUCAAGGUUGAAGAAGCAGAAGACACUAUCGAAGACGUAGUUGGACAGAUGGAACUGCAACUGCAGAAGGAGAUGAGCAAACAAGUCUCCAAUGUUGUGGCAGGAAAAAUGGAAGAAAAGCAGGAGAAAAAAGAUGGAAGCAAGCCAAGGAUCGAGGAGAAGGACAAACAGGUAGAAAAUUCAGGGAAAACUGCUUCCCAAAAUGUCGAUUUUGAAAAGGAGUCUUCUUCUAAGAAAGAGGAAAAUAAAGACGUUGUCAGCAAAGAAAUAGAUUCUCCAGAGGAAAAAGAGGAUCAAGACAGCAGUAGGGAAGACAUGGAAACAAAAAACACCGACAGCAAGAAGAAGAAGAGGAGAAGGAAAGAGCAGGAAAAAGAGGGGAAGAAGCAGGAUAAAGGGAAGAGGAGACCGAGUCAGGAGAGGCAGGAAGAGAAGAUGGAGAUGAGGCCUCCCAGACGAGGAAGGACCGCAGCAGUUGUGGAGGAGGAGGAUGAAGACAGCGGCCAGAGUGAUGUUUCUUAUGAGUUUGAUCUGGACGAGGUGCCAUUUGAUGAGGAUUGGCUGGCCCUGUCACAACAGAAAACUGAGGAACUGCCAGCCAGGGACAUCACCAAUGCGGAGUUCCGUGAGGCUGUGAAGAAAGGCGACCACCGUACGGUAAAACAGGCACUGCGUUCCGACAAGCUGUACAACCUGGAACACGAGGACCCCAGUGGGAUGACCCCCGUUAUGUUCGCGGCCGCCGAGGGUCACGACGAGAUUCUCAAGGCGCUGCUGCUCAAGGGGGCAAAGGUCAACGCCCGGCAGAAGUACGGGGCCACAGCACUCAUUUAUGCUGCCGAGAGGGGCCACAGGAACACUGUCGCCUUGCUGAUCGAGUGUGGAGCAUUUGUCAACAUUCAGCAGUACACAGGGGAAACUGCACUGAUGAAGGCCUGUAAGAAGGGUUUCAAGCAGAUUGUGAGGCUGCUUCUGGAGGCCGGUGCUGACCCCUACCUGACCUCUAGCACGGAGAACACGGCGCUACAGCUGGCAAAACUGUACAACAACCCCGGGCUGCAUGAGCUCAUGAGUCUGCACAUCAACAGGAUUACAAACGUAGUAGAAAUGACGGUAGGCAAGUACCUUGCAAACACGGCCAAGAUCCUGACUCCGCCCCUGCUGCCCAUCCACUGUCACCCCAUCAGGGAGUCCGUGGAGUACUACCUGUCAUUCAACCAUGUGCAACAGCCAAUCAUACAAGGUGUGGGGAUGUUGUUGUUUUUGUGCCACGCCUCCUUUGCCAACAACAACAUCCAGGUGAGACUGCACGGGCCGUGUGCCGUCCAGACUGUCGUGCUGAACAACAUCAUUCAACCAGCGCUCACACAGGAAGCCAACUUCAUCAUGUCGUUCUGUCCUCGACCUGGCAAGAACAACCUCAAGGUCAAGCUGGCCUCUGCUCCCCUCUCCAAGGCCAAGCUACUGAUCUGUGCCUACAGGACCCAGCUGCUGCAGCCCUCGGCAACCAACUUCAAGACUGGCUGAGGGACAGCUUAGUAGCACGACUGAUGGAAUGGUC